AAUAUGGAAUUUUAGAAUAUGGACAAGUUUUUAUUCAAUAUACAGAAUUAAAUGAUGAUUAUAUGAAUAAUAAUAAUGAAUCAGAAAAAGCAAUUAUACUUGAACAAAAAGUUGUUGUAACAAAAAAUCCAUGUCAUCAUCCAGGUGAUGUUCGAGUUUUUACAGCUGUUGAUGUGCCUCGAUUAAGACACUUAAAAGAUGUUAUUGUUUUUCCACAACGAGGAAAACGACCACAUCCAAAUGAAAUAUCUGGUUCGGAUCUUGAUGGUGAUGAAUAUGCUGUCAUAUGGCAUCCAGCAUUUAUUCCUCAAACAUCAAAUGAUACACCAUAUGAUUAUGAUUCACAAAUGCCAAUGUUACGUAUUGCUGAUCGUCCUAUUAAUCGUUCAGAUAUUCAAGCAACUGUAUUAGAUAUUAGUGAACAAUCAUGUGUGGGUAAAUUAUGUUCACUUCACUUAGCUAAUAUGGAUCUUUAUGGUGUUGCACAUCCAAAAACAUUAGCUAUUGCUGGUUAUAUAGCUGAAGAAUUAGAUGCACCAAAAACAGGACAACAUCCAUUAACACCAAAACAAAUUGGAGAAUUACAAACUGAAUUAGGAAAUGAACGACCAGAUUAUUUUGAUAAACCAUAUUACAAAACUUAUCCUUCAACACAUGUACUUGGUAAGAUUUUAAUAAAAGAAUAUAACCUUCAUAUUUCUUGUGACUAG